AAUAAAGCCUGUGUCCACGCUUCUACAGCUCCUCUUCCUUAGCCUUAACCUAGCAGCCUUCACCACUGGUGAUGACCAUCAAUUCUUCUACUCUGGCUUCUCCAACAAUGAUCUUGUUGUGGAUGGAGCUACCACGAUCACAUCAAAUGGCCUACUUGAGCUCACCAAUGGAACGGACCAGCAAAAAGGCCAUGCCUUCUACCCAACUCCACUGCGGUUCGCGAGGUCGCCCAAUGGAACAGUGCAAUCUUUCUCCACCUCCUUUGUGUUUGCCAUCUUGUCUGUGUACACUGACCUAAGUGCCCAUGGCAUGGCAUUUGUUGUGGCACCAAGCAGAAAUUUCCCAUCAGCCGCAUUGCCUGGGCAGUUCCUAGGCCUCACAGACAUACAGAACAACGGCAAUGUCAGCAACCACUUCUUCGCUGUUGAGCUUGAUACCAUACAAAACAAGGAGUUCAAUGAUCUCAACGCCAACCAUGCAGGUGCCAACGUCAAUGGUCUCAAAUCGCUGGAGUCCUACUACGCUGGCUACUAUGCUGAUGAGGAUGGUAAAUUCCGCAACUUGAGCCUGAUUAGCCGUGAGGCUAUGCAAGUGUGGAUAGACUAUGAUGACAAGGUUUCAGGCAUCACUGUUACCAUGGCUCCUUUGAAGGUUCCCAGACCUAUAAAGCCACUGUUCACAACCACCUACAACCUCACAAGUGUUGUCACAGAUGUUGCAUACAUCGGCUUCUCCUCUGCAACCGGCACAAUCAAUUCACGGCAUUAUGUGCUUGGCUGGAGCUUCAGCAUGAAUGGUCCUGCUCCAGCCAUUGAUAUUGCUAGGCUUCCUAAGUUACCACGAAUGGGCCCGAAGCCUCGAUCCAAGGUAUUGGACAUUGUUCUGCCAAUAGCAACAUCUGCAUUUGUCCUCACUGUGGGUACUGCUGUUUUCCUACUCAUUCGAAGGCAUUUGAAGUAUGCUGAGCUGCGGGAAGAUUGGGAGGUUGAGUUUGGACCACACCGAUUCUCCUAUAAGGAUUUGUUCUAUGCAACAGAAGGAUUCAAGGACAAGCACUUGUUAGGUAUUGGAGGAUUCGGGAGGGUAUACAAGGGGAUACUUCCAGUGUCUAAAUUGGAGGUAGCAGUGAAAAGAGUGUCUCAUGAUUCUAAGCAGGGCAUGAAGGAAUUCAUUGCAGAGGUUGUUAGCAUAGGACAUAUCCAACAUCGCAAUAUGGUGCGUGUGCUGGGCUAUUGCCGAAGAAGAGGUGAAUUAUUUUUGGUGUAUGAGUACAUGCCGAAUGGAAGUGUUGACAAGUACUUGUACGGUAAACAAGGAAAGCCAAUUCUUAGUUGGGCUAAUAGGUGGCAUAUCAUCAAAGGCAUUGCAUCUUGCUUGCUCUACCUCCAUGAAGAAUGGAAAAAAGUUAUCAUCCAUCGGGACAUCAAACCAAGUAAUGUCCUCCUAGAUAGUGACAUGAAUGGACGACUUGGUGACUUUGGCCUUGCUAGGUUAUAUGACCAUGACACUGAUCCACAAACCACACACGUGGUUGGAACAAUAGGGUACCUAGCUCCUGAGCUAGGACAUACUAGCAAGGCAACACCUCUUACUGAUGUAUUUGCUUUUGGCGUGUUUCUUCUUGAGGUCACAUGUGGACAGAGGCCUAUCAAUGAAACCUCACAAGACAGCCAGUGUAUGUUGGUUGAUUGGGUUCUUGAGCGUUGGAGCAGUGGAUCGCUUCUAGAAACGGUGGAUAGCAGGCUUGAGGGAAACUAUAACAUUGGUGAAGCAUGCUUGGCCCUAAAGCUAGGACUGCUAUGCUCUCAUCCAUUUUCCAAUGCGAGGCCUACCAUGCGGCAGGUUAUGCAGUACCUUGAUGGUGACACACAGUUACCAGAGAUGACACCAACAGAUAUGAGAUUUCACAUGAUGGCUAUUAUGCAGAACGAAGGAUUUGAGGACUACAUCACGGGAUCCACAGCAAGCAUUGGUACCACAUCUGUUCUUUCUGGUGGAAGAUGAGACCUUCAGGAUGCCUGUUUGCCAUCCCCAACAUCUAAUUGGUGCCAUGUAAAA